UUCGAAUCAGUUUCAAGUUGAACGCGGAAAAGGAAAGACUCUUUAAGGAAAACCAAAGAACCUGGUUAGAUAAAUUGUUAUGAGAGUCAAUACUUCAAAGCACUUGCCAUGGCUUUUGAUGAUUGUGGCCGUCUUUUGGAGCUGGCAGCUGAAUGUUUUGGCCUUCAGCAAUGUCGAACCCUUCCACCAAACCUGUGACAAUGAGAAGCGUUACGAAAAUCAGGUGAUGUGCGCCGGCAAGGAGUUUGGCUGCCUGGUUCCCUAUCCGGAUAACUGCAGCUUAUUCCUGGUCUGUGAUUGCCUCUAUCCAACGGUGAAGUUAUGUCCAGCGAAUCUCUGGUGGGACAAUAACACUCAGCUAUGCAAUUACCCACAAGCCGUCGAUUGUAUUUACUACGAUAUAGAACCGACAGAGCCAUCGGAUGGAUCCACUUUGACUACUCAAGGGUCGACAGCGAGUACCACUAAAGGGACGACCACAACGCCAACGAUUACCUAUCCAACCUCGAGCUGGGAUCCACCGCCACCUCCACCCGGCAUUUCAGACGACUUUUGUCACUCCUUCAGGGAUGGUUCCGUGCACCGAUAUCCUUACGAUUGCCAGGCGUACAUCAACUGUACUCAUGGAUGGCCAGUUUUGAACUAUUGCGAUGAGGACAAGGCUUUCAACGCCCUACUCCUCAUUUGUGAUACACCGGAUGCGGCUAAUUGCACAGCGGUUCCCCUGCCCACAACUACAACAGCGGAGGUACCUUCUUCAACAAAAACAACCGAUAUCCCUACCACAUCCACCACGGAGGGGUCUUUUACAUGUGGCCCUGGACCAGAAGGUAUAGAGGAUGAUUACUGUCAGUCCAUGGGGAAUGGAUUCUACAAGUAUCCCUACAACUGCAGCGGCUACUUGGACUGUCGAAAUGGCUGCACCGAUUUGGAUUAUUGCCAGGAGGAUAAACUUUUCAACGACCUUCUGCAUAUUUGUGAUACCCCGAAUUCAGUGAUUUGCGAUGACAAACCCUUUCCCACCACGACCUCAGCGGGUACAACUAAACGCACUACUACGACUCCUCUUACCACAUCUCCCGUCCCGACAUCAGGGCCAACAUUCACCACUCAAAGCCCUACCAGCACUACGGUGGGAACCACCACAACCACUCCAGGACUUCCACCGGAUGUGGAUCCUGAAGAUUGUAAGGGUUACCCGGAUGGAACCAUUUUUCCUUAUGCUGGAAACUGUUCUCAGUACCUAUUCUGCAAAAACAAUCAAGUGGAAAUGGGUGAAUGUCCUUUGAAUUUGCUCUUCAACUACAAGAUUCUACUUUGUGACGAAGCGGAUGAUGUUGAGUGCUAUGGAGAUCGCACCACUACGCCGCUGCCAACCACUAAGCCACCAACGACAACCCCAGAGCCAACAACGCCUACCACGACAACGACCACAAAGGCCACAACCUUGGGACCCAGUGAACUCUGUGAAGGUCAAGCGGUGGGGGCGUCCUAUGCCUAUCCUGAAGACUGCUCGCAAUACUAUUUGUGUUUGGGAAACGGAAAGUGGACUCUGGCACCCUGUAUUUAUGAAAGUUUCUUCGAUCCAUCAACUGGAAUAUGUGGCCCAGAUGUGUCCCCUGAGGCUUGCAAAGCAACAGCCACUACUACAACGACAACAACUACCACAGUGUCGACAACAACUGAGGAGGUUACCAGCACCAAAACCACAACUGUUCAGCCAACAACUACUCCGCGAACCACCACAACUGAGGGCCCCUCUUCCGGAAUAUGCGCCGGCCGCAAUGAUGGCGAAAAUAUAGCCUAUCCGAACAACUGCAAUAAGUAUAUCGUCUGUGUCUCGCCAAUUCCUAUUGCUUUCUACUGUCCGGCAGACACUUUCUUCAGUUCUGAGGAAAAGAAUUGUAUUGAAAGCUGGGAAGACAGCGAUUGUGAGGAUGGGCAGGGCACUACAACUUCAGAGCCGGGUUAUACCAGGCCUCCUCCUGAACCCACAAUGUGCACAAACAGCACUAGAGAUACUUUCCCAUAUCCGGAUAACUGUCAGUGGUUCAUCCGCUGUGUGGACGAUUACAUUUACAUGAUGGAUGUCUGCAACUGCGGGGAGUAUUACGAUCCCAUAGCGCAGAAGUGUGGACCAGAUGUACCAUCAGACGCUUGCCGUUGGGAUUACACCUCAACCACAACCACCGAGCAGCCCACAACCACAACUGAACCUACAACCACCUCUCCUGUUACCAGACCUCCACCCCAAAAAGGACCUUGCGAUGAUGUGGACGAUGGGGCUUUGGUUCCUUAUCCUAAUGAUUGCACGAAGUACAUCCAAUGUAGUCGACCCAUUGCUGAGGCUUUCGAUUGCGAUGAGGGUGACGAAUUCAGCGUGGAAUUCGGAAAGUGUGUGGAUGCUGAGCUUGCUAAUUGUUCGAUUACUACCACUGCUAAGCCAACGGAAUCUACGACGCCUACUACUGAAGGAGAUUCCUCAACAAGUUCAACCCAACCGACAACAGAACCUUCGACAUCAACAACAACCGAGCUCUCAACUGUGUCUUCCACCCAAGAACCAACCACUUCUACUACUGAGACAUCCACAUCUCCAUCUACCACAGUUUCUACUACCGAAGAGCCAACUACUUCUUCUACCGAGACAUCAACACGUCCAUCCACCACGGCAUCGACUACAGUUUCUACUACACCUGAGCCAGGAUCUUCAACCACAGUGAAGCCAAAGGAUGGUGUUUGUGAUGGUAAAGUAGAUGACUCUCUCGUGCCUUAUCCAAAUGAUUGUGGAAAAUACAUUAUGUGUCAAUAUCCGAUACCUGUUGGCUAUGAUUGUCCCUAUGGCUUGGAGUUUAGCCCCACUGAUCUUACUUGCAUGGAUCCGGACUUAGCUGGUUGCAGUCCAAAACCAACGACUCCUGGGCUAACAACCACAACUACUGAAAAACCAACUACCCAGGGAUCUACCACACCAAAAACGACGACAACAGAAUCAACAACAAUUUCAUCCACAACAGCGUCUACCACAGCUUCUACAACCCCGCAAACGACGACAACUGACUCCACAACAGUUUCCACAACUCCGAAGACUACAACAACUGAAUCCACAACACCGAAAACAACGACCACUGAGUCAACAACAGUUUCCACAACAACCGAGUCCACUACUAUUUCAACAACCCCAAAAACAACGACAACAAAAACCACAACCGUUUCAACAACACCGCAGACAACCACAACCGAAUCCACAACCGCUUCAACAACACCAAAAACAACGACAACCGAGACCUCAACUAUAUCAACAACCGCUUCCACAACGACCGAGUCCACUACUAUUUCAACAACAACCAAACCAACAACUCCAACGACAACGACUGAGGCGCCCCUUCCUACCUUGGAUCCGUACACCCCCAAUAUUUGCUGUGGUCAAGCCCUGGGAACAUGGCUGCCUUAUCCCAAUGAUUGCAGUCGCUACGUGGUGUGUGAUUAUCCCAUACCCUAUUCUGUGGACUGCCCAGAGGGAACUGUCUUUGACGAUAAGCUAUUGCAAUGCUCCGCAGUACCUAAUGAAAGGUGUCUUUAUGAGCAAUAUUAAACAGUAUCUUUUAAUAAAGAUCAUAUGAGCACUUA